CGAGAAGUAAGGUCGAAGAACAAAAGCCCCCAACACCAAAAUCGAGCUCUUUCAUUCUCCGGCAAUACGUCCUCUUUCACGACCGUAUUUGAAUUUCGCUCUGGUUUCUUUCGAGUAGCUUCUCACCGCCAUGGAUCUCAAUAUGGAUCUUAAUGCUCCUCACUCCAUGGGUACCACCAUCAUCGGCGUCACAUACGACGGCGGCGUUGUCCUCGGCGCCGAUUCUCGUACCAGCACUGGUGUUUAUGUGGCUAAUCGUGCAUCUGACAAAAUUACAAAGCUUACUGACAAUGUCUAUGUUUGUCGGUCUGGCUCGGCUGCAGAUUCUCAAAUUGUCUCUGAUUACGUGCGUCAUUUCCUUCAUCAGCAUACGAUACAGCUUGGCCAGCCUGCGACUGUUAAAGUGGCUGCAAACCUUGUUAGGCUAUUAGCAUAUAACAACAAGGAUAUGUUACAAACUGGCCUUAUUGUUGGUGGAUGGGACAAGUAUAACGGUGGUCGAAUCUAUGGUAUUCCUCUUGGUGGAACAAUAAUAGAGCAGCCAUUUGCUAUUGGAGGAUCUGGCUCCAGUUACUUGUAUGGUUUUUUUGAUCAAGCGUGGAGAGAAGGAAUGACUAGGGAAGAAGCUGAGCAAUUGGUGGUUAAGGCCGUUUCUCUUGCCAUUGCUCGAGAUGGUGCAAGUGGUGGUGUUGUCCGUACUGUUACUAUAAAUUCCGAGGGAGUUGCAAGAAAAUUCUAUCCCGGGGAUCAGCUACCGCUGUGGCACGAGGAAUUAGAACCUAAAAAUUCAUUACUGGAUGUUCUGAAUGCUUCUAGCCCCGAACCGAUGAACGUAUAAAGCUAAUGCUCGGAUCUCUGCCAAAAGUUCUGAUGGUAACUCUUAUCUGGUUAGGCUAUUCUACUUUUCUGGAAAAAAAAGAGAAGAAAAGACAUGCGCCCUCAUUGUGUAAACCUAAUUAUGUUUUACUUUGCAUGAAUUUUUUAGUGUACAAUGUUUGAGUUUACUCUUGGUCUAUGGCACAUGCUUAUUCCUGCUGCCAAA